AUGGGUCGUUCAAAUCAACAAAUCUUGCAUCUUGCCAUAACCCGAUCGCAAAGCUCUCAAGGCAACCAGCCCCAGCUUCACCUCAGCCACCAAGGACGUCGCCGCUCUCUAGCCCCAAUGUCUUUCCUCUCGCUCACUCGCCGACUCGCAUCUCGUGCCUCACCGUCCACUUCCGUCUUCAGAAUGAGCCAACAGACUCAGCAACUCUCCACAGCCGCUGUGAAUGAGCAGUUGGCUUCCCUUAAGGGCAAGAACUUCAUGUCCACGGCUGAGCUCUCGACGGAGCAGAUCACGGCGCUUGUGGCCAAGGCGCAGGAGUUCAAGGCCACGUACUCGGACCCUCUGACCAAGGCCACUGCUCCUCGUCCUCUUACAGGCGAGAUCUGCUCCAUGAUCUUCCAGAAGCGCAGUACUCGCACUCGUAUCUCGAGUGAAGUGGGCAUGCACUUGCUUGGAGGCAAAGGUCUGUUCCUCUCCUCGGACGACAUCCAACUCGGCGUGAACGAGACGCUCAAGGACACUGCCCUCGUGCUCUCGCGCUUCAACAGCAUCAUCCUGGCGCGUGUGUACGGCCACAAGGACAUCCUGGAGCUGGGCGAGUUGGCCACUGUGCCUGUGAUCAAUGCGUUGUCCGACAAGUACCACCCGCUGCAGAUGCUGGCCGAUUACAUGACAGUCAAGGAGCAUUUCGGCAGCUUUGAGGGUCUCACGUUCGCCUGGGUGGGCGAUGGCAACAACGUGCUGCACGACUACAUGCUGGCUGCCCCCAAGCUCGGUGCUAACAUCCAGAUCGCCACGCCUGAAGGCUACGAACCGGAUGAGGACGUCGUGGAGGAGACCAAGCGCUUGGCUGCUCUGGCUGGCACCAAGUUCCUUAUGACCACCGACCCCGUUGAGGCCGUUAAGGGCGCCAACGUCGUGUCCACCGACACGUGGAUCAGUAUGGGCCAGGAGGAGGAAUCCCAGAAGCGCCUCAAGGCCUUCGCGGGCUACCAGGUGACCAACAAGAUGCUGGAGAACGCCGCCGACAACCACAUCUUCCUGCACUGCCUUCCGCGUCACCAAGACGAGGUCGACGACGAGGUUUUCUACGGCAAGCGCUCGGUGGUCUUCGACGAGGCUGAGAACCGACUGUGGACUGUCAUGGCCGUGUACGCUUCGCUGCUGGGCAAGUUCUAA